AUGGGGGGACUCGCUUAUCCCCCCCUGGCCCAACGAAGCUAUUCACUUCGUCUCGCCCACCACACGUUCACCACAACAUGUCCUUCCCACACAUCAGUCGUCACUGCUGACAGUGUCACGAAUGCUGUUCCCUCCACCAAAGUUUUCCCCUGGGCCCACCAUCCAUUCCCUCCCCUCUCGGAUGCACACCACCACGUGUGGCCACCCGAGAGUCCCAUCAUCGCCAAUAGCGCUGACGCCACGUGGUUUGGUCUCUCCAUCCCCGAAGCAGGUGUAAUUGGCAUCGACACAUCUGCGACCUUUGGUUGGUGCGGCAGUCCAAACAUCUACUGCGCUUUCGGCAAUGGAAUCUCUUGGCGAGUCUCGCAUGAAUCCCCAGCCACGAUAUGUCCAUCUUUGUCCACCGACGAUCGCCCAUUCUGGGGAUUCAACAACAUUGGUGACCAUGUAUUAAUCGAACACGACGUUGGAAUACGAUUAUCCUGCGCCGACAGCACCUUGCGACUUGCCACCCUUGGCCCGGACAGCCUCAACCUCGACAAAUUUACCUCUUGGCCCGGCAAACUAGCUGCCUUGGGGCUGCACUGGGAUCUCGAUAAAGGCCAAGUUUCGAUGCCUUACGAAAAGAUCUGUAAGGCCAAGCUACGGCUUACAUCAUGUGUGCUCAUGCAUACGUCCGGCGAGAGCAUGCACAUCGACGAAUCACAAAACCACGACCAUUUCUCCAUCAACGUUCGAGAGCAUUUCUGCGUGACCCUCGCUAUCGCUAUCUGGGGCCCCCUACUCGCAGACCCAGAAGGACGUCGCACCAUCCACGUCCGAGCACUAACCGACAAUACCAGCGCGCUGGUAUUGCCCACUACACACUCGCCAGCAAAAACAGCUACAGUCAAUAACUCAAUCGCUGCCUCGGCCUCCACCAAGCCCUACACCACCUACACGCUACGGCUCAACAUAUCCAAGGCGUAA